CGCGCACGCGCACGCCAAGCAGUCGACGAGCACCAUCACACCACCACCAGUUCACUGGUUGAUCGCACCAGCGUCACCACAAGUCCGACAAUAAACCACACCACUGGGUGGCCGCUGGUCUCAGCUCCACUCCGUCUGCGCGCGCAGCCGCUAGCUACCAACGGCGGUGCCAGGCAUGGGGAACGCCGCGCCGCGCGUGCGACUCCGCCACGACGAGCCCGCGCCGCCGGGUGCGGCGAGGAGGUCGUCAUCCAGGAGAGCGGAGGCUGCCGGCGCGGCCGCGGGAGCGCUCAAGCCUCGGCAGGACCAGGAAGAGAAGGCCGCCGACGAGCGCGCGGUCGUGACGGUGAAGGUGGUGAUGACGAGGAAGGAAGCGGAGAGGCUGGUCGCGCGGCUGAAGGAGCAGAAGGCUAGGGGGCGGAAGGCCAGGAUGGCGGAGCUGAAGAACGAGCUCAGGGCGGGGGUUGGCGGCGACGGUGGCGCCGCCGCCGCCGCCAUGGCGAGGCCGGUGUGCAGCCGCGGCGAGUGGACGCUGAGCUUGGCGCCGAUCCCGGAGAGGUAGCUAGCUCCUGCCAUGUGUUUAGCACGCACCUGCUGCAAGCUUGGAUCAUGGAGGAGAUUGGUUAGUACCGUGACGUCGUAAUUGUUGUUUUUUGUUUGAAGGCAAUCGAAAAUACGGUUUUGUCUGGUCACCCGGCCAUUAUCUGCUGUACAUACGUACGUAGUGGAGAAGUGGUGGCGACGUAUGUUCGUGACUUCGUGUUACGAUCGAUGUAAUCCUGCUUUCUUAAUUCGCAAAAGUUUGCAUCACUACUAUGGAUCGAAGCAAGCUGAUUGAAUAUCUUAAUUCCAGUCAGAAUGAUCGGACAUCAUCAAGGCCCCACUUCUCCCUUUCUUACAAAAAAAAAAAACAAUACGACGCAAGUAUCUCACGCUCGAACCGGACUAGAAACAGAAAAAUAUAACUGUCACAUGCAUGUAUACACCCCCAGAGGCCCAGAGGCUAAACACCAAGGCACACCAAGACAAAAACGGAGCUCAUCAUCAGAGCCACAGCAGC